GCUUGCUUGUCCAAACCACCUAGCUCAUUCACUUCGAUUAUCCACUCCCCUUAUAUUGGAUAGCAGUAUAUGAUACUGCCAUGAGACAUGGGUGCCAUAUACUGAAACUUUUUUUUGCGGGUAUAUACUGAAACUUUGCGCAAAAGAGUAGCAUAUCCUGAAAUCUGGCUUACAAUAUUCUUUUGCUGUGCUUGACUCGAAUAUCGCGUCAACUCUUCCUUUUUGAAGGCCAACUUGUGCUAUCAGGAAUUAAAUGGUAGAAUGUGAUAGGAAGGGAACUACUACUUGGAGACUAAGAAGAAAUAAUUAGUUGAGUCCACAGUGGUGAGCAGAAAAUGAAAGAGAACUUGAGCACGUGUUGGUCUAGCAUAAGAGGAAGAGUCAAAGUGCAUUCUGGUCCAAUUAUGUCAGUCUCCUAGUAAUGUGUGGAAUCCAACAGCAUAUAUAUUUUAAUUACAGGGAUAUGUACAUACAGCCAAGGGUGAUGAAGGCUUUAAAGCAACAAACUGCAGAAGGAUAUGUUUCGGUGGCAGUUGGACUUCCUGCCCAGACAUGUAACUAUCAUGACAAGUGCCACCCCAAUCCUCACCAGAGAUUAAAGCAGACAGCCACUUUCUUAUACUCCAGACUUUCUCUUCUUCCAUCUAAAUCUCCAAUUCAUCUCAUGGAUUUUCCUAAACUUCUUGUCAUGCUCGUGCUGCUCUGUCUUCUAACCAAUGAAUCCUAUGUGGGUGCAGCAUCAGAUGAUGAGGAUUUCUUCAAGAAAUGCUCAUCACAACGGUGCAGCAAACAUGGACCAAAGAUCCAGUUCCCCUUCCGGCUUUCAACCCAACCAACAUCCUGUGGAGCAGCUGGCAUGCAGUUAUCAUGCUCUGGGCAUGACACGAUCUUGGAUCACCCUGUUCUUGGUUCUUGCAAAGUGACAGCGAUAUAUUACAUGCACCGCGUCAUUAACAUCAUCCCGCUUGUGGAACCAUUGACGCAAUGCCCACUUCAGAAGCUCAUCUCGAGAAAGUUAGAAACUGGUGUGUACAAACAACCUCAAUCAUUUACGACCCUGGUACGUUGUUCCAAGAAUUUCAUACCAGCACAUCCAUAUAGUAUAGUCGGCCCAGCUCCUUGUGUCAGUAGCAACGCUAGCCAAUUCUUGUAUUUGGCAUUAGCUUCCGCAUACAUAUCUGAUCUACCAUGGGACUGUGUGGCCAUUUCUAAAGGUAUCCCGAUACCCUUCAGCUAUGAUAAACAUGGCCCUAACUCGGACCCCUCCAGUGAAAUAGCAAAGGCAGUCGUCAACUUUGGUGCGACAACCUUCACUUGGCACCUCACUAACAUUACCGAUGUCUGCCAACAGUGUGAACAUCAAGGUCGAUAUUGUGGAUUCAGCUCACAAAGGCGUCAAGCAUUCUGCCAGCACCAUGGUACCCAUGUCAUCCCAAUUGCGGCAGCCUCAUCUGUAGCUGCAUUUGUAGUUCUUUCAUUGAUUGUGGCCACUGUGAUAUAUCUCUCCUUGAAGUCAAGGUACAAUGAAGAGAUAAAUAUGAAGGUUGAAAUGUUUCUCAAGGCAUAUGGCACAUCAAAACCUACAAGAUACACCUUCCCUGAUGUUAAGAAGAUAGCAAGAAGGUUCAAGGAUAAACUCGGUCAGGGCGGAUUCGGAAGUGUGUACAAAGGCGAGCUACCAAAUGGACUACCUGUGGCAGUCAAGAUGCUAGAGAGUUCUACAGGAGAGGGGGAGGAAUUCAUCAAUGAAGUUGCAACCAUUGGACUAAUCCACCAUGCAAAUAUCGUACGCCUCUUGGGCUUUUGCUCUGAAGGAAUGAGACGGGCCCUUAUUUAUGAAUUCAUGCCUAAUGAGUCACUGGAGAAAUACAUAUUCACACAUGUUUCUAAUAUUUCUCGACAACUCCUAGCACCCAACAAAAUGCUAGAUAUUGCUUUAGGCAUUGCCCGAGGAAUGGAAUACAUGCAUCAAGGUUGCAACCAGCGGAUUCUCCACUUUGACAUCAAGCCACACAACAUCCUGCUGGACUACAACUUCAAUCCAAAGAUCUCUGACUUUGGCCUUGCAAAGCUGUGUGCAAGGGACCAAAGCAUUGUUACGCUCACAGCAGCCAGAGGAACUAUGGGAUACAUCGCACCGGAGCUAUACUCUCGAAACUUUGGAGGGGUGUCAUACAAGUCAGAUGUGUAUAGUUUUGGCAUGCUGGUGUUGGAAAUGGUGAGUGGAAGGAGGAACUCAGACCCAAGUGUUGAGAUCCAGGACGAGGUAUACCUCCCUGAGUGGAUCUACGAGAAAGUGAUUUCUUGGCAGGAAUGGGAGCUUACUCUGGAAAUGACAGCAGAAGACAAAGACAAGAUUAGACAGCUGAGUAUUGUGGGGCUGUGGUGCAUCCAGUGGAACCCAAAGAAUAGGCCGUCGAUGACGAAGGUGGUAAACAUGUUAACUGGGAGGCUGCAGAACCUGCAGAUUCCACCAAAGCCCUUUGUGUCGUCUGACAUUCGUCCUAUGCCACAGAACACGACGAACACAUGAACAUGCAUUGUGUGUGUUUUUGUGUGUAUCAUUACACGCCUGAGGGAACUUAUCUCGCAUCUGCGUUGUAAACUGUAAUUCCUUGGCCAAUGUUUGAUUACAUACUGAACUACAUGGGAUUUUGCAGUAGCGCUAACACUGCAUCUGUAUCUUACUACCAUAUUGUAAUUCUAUUAAUUAGAAACACACGGCACUGGAUUUUGCAGCCAUUUCCUGGCAAUGCUGUGAUAAUAUGAAUCUUAACCA